AUGGCUGAACUCGACCUCCGCAUCCCCGAGCCCUUCGCGAGUAUUCCUCGGGAAUCUCUCAUGUUCGGGCCAUCCCCUAUCCAGCACUUGCCGCGGAUAUCCGCGGCCCUAGGCGGAAAAGUCCAAGUCUACGCCAAGCGUGAAGACUGCAACUCAGGACUUGCCUUCGGCGGGAAUAAAGUGCGAAAGCUAGAAUAUCUCGCCGCGGAGGCAAAAGCCAAAGGCGCCGACACCCUAGUAUCCAUCGGCGGCGUACAAUCCAACCACACCCGCGCCGUCGCCGCCGUCUCCGCGGCCCUCGGGUUAAAAUGCGCACUAGUCCAAGAGCGCUGGGUAUCCAUCAGCUCAUCCGCGAGCUCAUCGGAAGAACAGCACUACAGCAGCGUAGGCAACAUCCAGCUCUCGCGGCUCAUGGGCGCCGAUUCACGGCUCGAACCCGCGACCGCGUUCGGAAUCGAGCACAAGCCCACUCUCGCGAACCUGGAAGCGGAGCUGAAAGGUAAAGGGCAGAAGCCGUAUUACAUACCGGCAGGGGCAUCGGACCAUCCGUUAGGCGGCCUCGGGUUCGCGCGGUGGGCGCUGGAGGUCGAGGCGCAGGAGAGAGCGACGGGGAUGUUUUACGACACGGUGAUCGUGUGUGCGGUGACGGGGUCGACGUUCGCGGGGAUCGUGGCUGGGUUCAAGCUUGCGCAGCUGAAGUUGGGGUCUAAGAAGAGGCGUGUGAUUGGCAUCGACGCUUCCGCGACUGUGAAGCAGACUUUUGACCAGGUGCUUCGGAUAGCCAAGUUUACGGCUGUGAAGAUUGGGUUGGAUGAGAGCGAUAUCACGGAGGCGGAUAUUGAGCUCGAUGAUAGGUACCAUGCUGGCGUGUACGGAAAGGCGGAUGCGCAGACGCUAGAUGCGAUUAAGUUCGGGGCGCAGACUGAGGCGUUCAUUACGGAUCCCGUGUACGAAGGUAAGAGUUUGGCGGGGAUGAUGGAUCUCAUUCGAAAGGGCGAGAUACCUGAGGGAAGCAAUGUGUUAUACGCUCAUCUAGGGGGACAGCUAGCGUUGAAUGCUUAUCCCGAGAUUGGCACCAAAUAG